CUACACUGCCUCCCAGUGAGCCCCGCCCACAAGCCGCUCAGUGUGGUUUCCUCCAGGUCACACCCUCAGGCCAGCAGGCCACGCCUCUCCUACAGGCCCCACUCUGCAUCCAGAGCAGGACCCCAGACCCUGGGUAGUCUGUUCUCGUUGCCCCCUCACUCGCACCUGCAAAGGCGAUCUGGAAGGCACACGACAGACUGACGGAUAGAAGUGGGACCUUGGGCCACCGGCCAUGGAGCCUCAACAGAGCACACCGCUUGACUGUCCACUGCCCCAGCCAGCCCAGCCUGCGUCUGCGCGCAACGGAACCACCAGACUCGCUGCCAAGGGAGCGCGCGUGCGCAGGAGGGAGCACGCGUGCCCUGAGAUGUGUCGUGCACUCUUCUACCAGCUUCAGACUCAGUCUAUGGACACUUCCUCCAGGAAGCCCUCCAGAAAGGAGGGCUUCCCGGGGUCCUGGCCUCUGCUGAGACAUCUGCACCCAUUUCUCAGGCUGGUUUGGGGAGGGCUGUACAGACUGUUCACCUGCCUAUCCCAGGUUCUGGACCCCAGCACAACGGUUUGCAUACAAGGUAUCUAAUGCCUGUGUGAAUCCACAUGGUAGGACAGGGCAUCUAACAUAGGACAACAGUAGCAACUUCAGCUCAGCACCCUGAUUCUAUUUGCAUUUCCCAAAUGAAGGAAGGUAUCCUAGGAGGAGCACCAUAUAUGGAAAGAGCUGAAAGUCAUUCCCACCCCCACCCCCACCCCCCACACUACUACUAACGACCGGGCGGGACUUGUGGGUGAGUCCUGGAGUCCCUAAGACCAAUAGAAGCCUUGGUAACGCUGUACUGCGUGGAGCAACCACCACCAGGGCAGGGCAGGGCAAGCAGAGUCCAGGCCCUCCGUUUGCAAGCAGCCUGAGUUCCUGUUCUGUAUGGAGGGUCCAACAGCCCAACGUUCCAGGCCUGGGGCCUUUCCUCAGACCACAAAAAAUCUUGUAUCACCAGGCAAGGACUGGCUGCCAGCAAAGCCCUGUUCCCUGCUCCCUGAGGGUGUUCCAGCUUGGGCCACCAAUCUAGAGUCAGAGUUUCUGUCAGAUCUGGAGCUGAAUGAGGAGCAGCGACUGCAAAUCUCUAAGGAGCUAGUCAACCUUCAGAUUACAACCCAUCAUCUGCUGGAGCAGCAUGAGGCUGAAGUUUUCGAGCUAAAGAAGGAGGUUCUUCGCCUGGAGAGCCGGGUGCUAGAGCUGGAGCUGCAUGGAGAUUGUGCCAGGCCAGGGUGCACAGGCCCAGUGGAAGUCAACCCAGCUCACCACCAGGCACUGGCACAAGAAGCCAGCCAGGAAACCAAGGCGCCUAAAUGCACUGAUCACCACAGACUCCAGAUGCUGGGAGGCUGGGAGCAGCUGCAGGGAGAAGUAAAGCAAGCACUGGAGCAUCACAAGGCCCAACAGCAAGCACUAGAGACACAGAUGGCAGCCCUGGGUCUGCAGCUUCAGGGAGCCCAAGAGGAUGCCAGGGCAGCCAGGCAGCAACUGGCUACACAAGCUGUGGUGCUGUCCACAUGCCAGGGCCAGCUCUGCCAAACCAAAGCCGAGAAUGCCCGGCUACAGCUGCAGCUGAAGAAGUUGAAUGAAGAGUAUGCCAUCCGGCUGCAGCAUUGUGCCCAAGAGGUGGUGAAAUAUGCUGAUGGUGCAGGUCAAGCAGCCCUUCAGACAUUCCUAGAAGCCACUCUGGAGAACAUCCGGGCAGCACACCAUAGUCGUGAGCAACAGCUGGCACAGGCUGCUCGGGCCUACCGCAAACGUUUGGCAGAUCUGAGUUGUAGGCAUGAGGAGCUACUGGUCACUUUCAGUAUGCAGCAGAAGCAGCCCCAGGCAAUAGGGGACCCCAGCAGGGCACCUGGAACCAAGAAUGCCUUUGCUGCAACCACUGGGCUGGAGUCACUACCCAUGCACCUGGGCACUGAGCUCAGUCACCUGCAGGAGCAUGAGCAAAGUAGACUUGGGACACUGCUUUUGUACCCACAGAAGGGACCUGGUGAAGUCUCUCAGUGGGGUGCAGCAGAGCCAAAGGGUCUAGAUAAUGCAUCCUGGGUCCAGAUCUGCCAGAAGCUCCGAGACUUUUCCCAAGGCACUCAGGCAGAACUGGAACAUGAGCGGGCACAGCUGCUGGUCAGGGCCUCUGUGGCUGAGGAGCAGCUUUCUGAGCUUCAGGAGUAUGUGGACCAGCACCUAGGCAGGUUGGCUGGGUCGCUCAAUGGCCUUGGUCUGGGAGAGAGGGAAAAAUCCCUGGCUAGGCAAGUGAUUUCAGCUGGCCCCUCUGAGCAGGUACAAGCAGGAAAUCCUGAGGCUGAGGAAGUUGGUGGGUAUGGGGAACCGCUGAAAACUGGGGGCCACACCUACAGCCAAACCCCAGCAUUCAAGGACCCACAGCCACUAAGCCAUUAGGCAGUCUCCUGAAGAGUACAGAGCAGACCUCUGCACAGCCAGCACGGACCCCUCCCCAAACUCCAGCCUCACCUGAUGGAGUCACCUCUCCCCUC